CCGCUGCCCGCCCGCCCCGACGGCCGCCCCUCACAGCCCCGCGGAGCGCCGGCAGAGCAGCGCCCGCAGCGCCCCGCUCCGCUCCAGGCUCUGCGGCUGUAGGAGGAGUCUGCGGUCACCUCCCCCUCUGACGCGCUGCUGCCACAUUCCCCCAACGAGGUUUCCCCAAAGCCGCCAAGAUGUCCAGCAAACGGGCCAAAGCCAAGACCACCAAGAAGCGUCCCCAGCGCGCCACCUCCAACGUCUUCGCCAUGUUCGACCAGUCGCAGAUCCAGGAGUUCAAGGAAGCCUUCAACAUGAUCGACCAGAACCGCGACGGCUUCAUUGACAAGGAGGAUCUGCAUGACAUGCUGGCGUCCCUGGGGAAGAACCCCACCGACGAGUACCUGGAGGGCAUGAUGAGUGAGGCACCAGGGCCCAUCAACUUCACCAUGUUCCUCACCAUGUUCGGGGAGAAGCUGAACGGCACCGACCCGGAGGACGUGAUCCGCAACGCCUUCGCCUGCUUCGACGAGGACGCCUCAGGCUUCAUCCACGAGGACCACCUGCGGGAGCUGCUGACCACCAUGGGCGACCGGUUCACCGACGAGGAGGUGGACGAGAUGUACCGGGAGGCGCCCAUCGACAAGAAGGGCAACUUCAACUAUGUGGAGUUCACCCGCAUCCUGAAGCACGGGGCCAAGGACAAGGACGAUUAGAGCCCUGGGCCAUACACCCCCCUGCCUCCUCCUGCACAGCCCCUGCCCCUCAGCCCCCCUCGCUGCCCCACGUGGGAACCCCCUCCCAGGACCAGCACCCCACACUGGAUCCCGGCCCCGUGCCGCUGUGUGCCCGUCAUCGGCCCCAGGCUUCCCCUCCCAUCACCUCUCCCACCCACAGGUUCACCCCCUGCGACCCCUAGCCUGGCUGGGACCCCCCCACAAGCAGCCCUUGACCCCCUCUGACCCCUCCAUUGCCAGUCCCUGGGCCUGGGGGGAGCAUCCCAGCGGCCCAUGGCCGGGGGGAUUUUGGCUGCCCCGAGCCUGCGUGACCCCCGUCUCGGGGCUGUAGCACACAGAGGAAAGCCUCUCUUCUCCCACACUCCCUCACGAAAGAAACCCUGCUCUGUGUCCUC